AGGAGACAACGCUAAACCGCAUCGGGCGUGCAGAAGAUGACCUCAGUCCUGACGUAAGCGCAUCACAUGCCGGCCGAAAGAACCAAAAGAAAAAAAGAAACAAACGAAAAAAAAAAGAAGGCAAACACGGCAAUUCUUUCUGCGCGUCGCUCUUUCAUCUCUCGUCCUUCAUGCCGACGUGGCUUGCCGCCACUUUCGAUGGCCGUCAAUGACACAUCAUCCCUGGGAGUCCGUCUGAUCAGGGCUUCUUGAUCUUUUACCCCGCCGGACUUUCCAGACUCACCUGAGCUGAGGUUCCCCUCAUAGCCCCCUGGAGGCUGCUGGAUUUUAUUCCUCCCCACCCCUCGUCAGACUUCUCGGAUCGCAUUUCCUGUCACUUUCAACUUCCCAACUGUCCCUGACACCCCGUUCAUGUGAUUCUCUGUGGGCUCUUUCUUUGCGGUCGGAGUUCGAUUUCCCCCGCUUGACACCACUAAAGCCCGCCAUGGGGAACCCUCCUACGAGGAUUAUUAUUGUCAGGCAUGGCGCCCGAUUGGACGCGGCCGACAAGAAUUGGCAUCUGACAUCCCCCACUCCUUACGAUCCUCCUCUUUCCUACGGCGGCUGGCUCCAGUCUCGUACUCUAGGAGCGCAAAUCAUCAAUCUCUUACAGUCGCAGGGGAAUGAGUCACCCCCUGAUGGAACGGACAACCAAGAUUUACCCUCCUUCCGCGCGCAAUCCUCCAAACGAAAGCGACGAGUCAUCAUCCAUUCAUCUCCCUACCUUCGGUGCUUGCAGACCGCCAUCGCUGUGAGCGCGGGCAUCAGCCAACACUACCCGGAGACGGACGUUGAUUUGCCCUUGAAACCAUCUGCGGUGAAGAAUCCAAAGACCCAUACAACGGGCAAAGGCCGAGCCUCGGUCCACGGAUUCAACGCCAGCUCCGCUAUUCCCAGUGCCAUUCCGAAUGAUCACCGCUGCCUGUUGCGCGUGGAUGCGUUUCUGGGAGAAUGGUUGACGUCCAGUUAUUUCGAGGAGAUCUCCCCGCCGCCGAAGUCGGAGAGGAUGGUCACGGCAGCCAAGGCAGAGCUCCUCAGACGCGACAGCAUUGUUCCCGAGGCGGACAUGAACUACACCCGGUCGGCAGUCGGACACUUCCCCGGGGGCUGGGGCAAAGGCGACGGUCCUAUCUUAUCGGACGACACAAAUAAAACGCAGGCGAACCCAGAUGGGCGAAGGAACCGCGCCGCGAGUCAUGAUACGUUGCAAUCCGCCGAUGCGCCGGGCACGCGGAGGAUGCUUAGCAAGAUCAACACAAGCCUCUCCUCCAUUCCGGAUGGUCUUUACACGCCACCUACCCCCAGCUAUGCCAUAUCGCCGUCGGAGCCCAUCCCUACCGGAUAUGUUUCGCAUGCGCGUGAUGCCUGUAUGAGGAUAGAUUAUCAAUGGGAUAGCAUGCGCGAACCCCAGGGCUGGGGCAACGGCGGCGAAUACGAAGAGGAAUGGAGUACAAUGAACGCCCGGUUUGCGGCCGGAUUGGAGCGCAUGGUCUCCUGGUACGCGAACCAUGACCCGUCGAUCCCUUAUAACCGACCCCGGCGUCAUUCCCAAUUCUUGGAUAAUACCGGCGACACAAGUUCGGGAGACGGAGAAGAUUCGAUGGAGACAGUGUUGGUGAUCGUAACUCACGGAGCUGGCUGCAACGCAUUGAUUUCGGCCAUCAAGGGAGAAACAACCCUCGUCAACGUUGGAACCGCUUCCCUCACCAUGGCGACCCUCACAGACAGCGACAGGUCCUCGACCAAGUCGUCCGAUUUCGGUGGACCCGUGAUCCCGCAUGAUGCCAAUGGAGAAAAGUCGGUCUUGCACGACUACAAUCUGCAGAUAAUCGCUUCAACGGAACAUUUGCGACCCGGUGGGAACCCAACCAUGUCCACUGUCUCCUCUCCUACUAGCCUAACAUCUCCGACCGUGCCCUCCUAUCGAAACCGAGUUUCAUCUCGAGCAUCUCUGUCCCAGAGUCCGUUUGGCAUCGGACCAACUCCUACUUCUGGAGGCGGAUCACGCGGUUGGAUGAUGGCGCGACCUUCGACCGCUCCUCGCACGUCCGGUGGCCUCUGGGGCUCGAUCUCGGAAAAAGUCGGAGCAGAUGACUUGAUCCCCAACUUUGACAAUGCCUGGUCCGGGCAGGCUGCGACGAAAGAGAGCGAAGUAAAGAAACCGAAGGAGACAGAAAUGCCUAAACAACUCCCCCAAAGAACUCUUUCACAGCGAGGCCUGUGGGGAAGUGCCCCUUUGAACAAAGAUGCCGAGACCGGCGUAAAACGACGAUGGACAGUAACGGAACGACGCAUAUGAAAAACACUUGCUCUAUACCAUUUCUUCGGGUUUUCAGUUAUCAGGCGAGGCGUUCGGGUUUUUAAAAUGAAACUUCAUGGCUGGCACGAUCAAUGUUGGGUGCCUGGAUCAGGCUCCGACAUGUACAACAAAAAAUACCCAUUGCUUGCAUACCACCAUGACUUGCUAAAUAUCCACUCUACGAUUAGAAAUAGCUAAAUCUCUCAACUGGUUUGAACAUCU